AUGUCGCCACGGCUGCUGCUCUUUUGGCUUGCUUUGCUUGCGUGCGUCAUUGCUCUGGCACCGCAGCGGCAGGCUGCUUUUCAAGCUCAGGAGCAUGUUGCACUACCGGAUAUCGUAGAUAUCAUGGAGAAAGAGGCGCAUGCGCAGCACAUUGCUUUGGACAGUAUGUUGCGCCCGGUGGCGUCCCGCGUCAAGCCAAAGAGCGAACGCUGGUGGUGGAAUACGUGCGGGGACGACGGGGUUGUCGUGCACGCACGCGAGAUUGAACUGAAUCCGGACCCUCCUGUGAAGGGGCAGAACUUGACCGUGCAUGCGGUCGGUACCGUUGACAGUGCCGUUGAGGUGCAAUGUCCCAUCAAGCCGGGAAACUCAUCCAUGUCGGGCGAGGAAAGAACGGAGCUGGAUGAGUCCAUUCGGUUUCUUUUAGCAUCCGACCUUCACCUCGGCUACCUUGAGCGCGAUCCAGUGCGUGGCCAAGACUCGAUCCAUACAUUUCGCGAAAUACUUGAACUUGCUUAUGCACGAAACGUCGACUUUAUUCUACUCGGAGGCGAUGUAUUCCACGAGAACAAACCUUCGCGCACGACCAUGUUUCAAACCAUGUCACUCUUGCGCGAAUAUACGUUUGGGGACAAACCUAUUCCCAUUGAACUCCUCAGCGAUCCAUACGGUGACCAAGUCAAAGGCGUGUCGUUUCCCGCUGUCAACUACGAAGAUGCGAAUUUGAACGUGAGCAUCCCCCUUUUUUCCAUUCACGGCAAUCAUGAUGAUCCGCAGGGCACAAGCGCAGACGGGCCACUCUCUGCGCUGGACAUUCCUGCCGCUGGUGGCCUGCUCAACUACUUUGGCCGAAUUGAUUUGCCUUCGCGCGACGGAUCGCAGCAGAAACGCAAAGCUGACGACGGGGAUGACAACCUGAUGAAACUAAAGCCAAUUCUUCUGCGCAAGGGCGAUACGCGACUUGCAAUGUACGGGAUUGGGAACAUAAAGGACGAGCGACUUUCGUACGAGCUGAAAAGCAAGCAUGUAUGCAUGUAUCGUCCCUCCGAGGAUCCUGACGCGUGGUUUAAUAUUCUAGUGGUCCAUCAGAACAGGGCAUCCCAUACUCCCCGCGCGCAUAUUCCUGAGAGCGCAUUUGAUGAUGCAGUCAAUCUGGUUGUCUGGGGCCAUGAGCACGAGCAGCGAAUCAUGCCGGAACGUGUGGCAGAAAAGAAUUACUACAUCUCCCAGCCUGGAAGUACUAUUGCGACCAGCUUAACCCCGGGCGAGACUGGCGAUAAAUGUGCCGCAAUUGUGCACGUCUCGCGCAAAGAUUUCAAAAUGGAGCCUUUUGUGUUGCACACGGUGCGUCCGUUUGUGAUGCACGAUAUUGAUUUAAGCGCCGAGGCGGCCAAAACAAAACUAGACCCAACUGACCGUACACAUGUGGCCAAAUUACUGCGCACGCAGAUAGAGUCAUUGAUUACCUUGGCCGCACAGCAAUGGAUUGAGCGCUUUGCGUCUGUCCCCGAAUCAGCACGCCCGUCUCCCAUGGUUCCACUGGUGCGGCUUCGUGUAGCAUACGAGUCAAAACUUCCGCUCGGAAACCUUGCGCGGUUUGGGCAAGAAUUUCGUGGAAGAGUGGCGAACCCCGGUGAUAUUUUGCAGUUGCAGCUAAAGCGUAGAGGCCGCACGCCUGCACAACGAUCCGAGCGUGCUGUGCGACUCGAUAAAGAUAUGCUUCCUGCAGAAAGGCUUGAGCGGGUACAACUAGCUUCGUUGGUGAUGGAAAAUGUCCGUUUACAAAGUUUUGAAAUGCUUAACGUGGCCAAGCUUCAGGAGAGUGUAAUGGGAUACGUCGAGAAAGAUGAGCGCGAUGCUAUUGAGCAUUUUCUUGGGAGCUCGCUUGAAGACGUUGUCAAAGAGCUCGAGCGUGGGACGCUUGACGAGGCGCAGCUGCAACAGCGAUUAGAGCAUAUUAGUACGGCACGGCGUACCGACGCAUAUGCACUCGAAGUGGAUCAUACGGCGAGCCAAGAAGAACGCGCAAUGCACGACGUUGCACAAAGAACGCGCCAGCUUAGCGCGCCCUCUCCUGUACGCGCCACAUCGCCCGCAUUCUCACACCCUGUACGAUCGCCAUCGCCGUCUUUUUCGCCGCCGCGGCCACAACGCCGCAGUGCUGCGCGCUCUGACGCCUCUCCACCUGUGCAGGCACUCCCACCACCCCUUUCCUCCCGUGCAAGCGCGCUAGACGCACUGGUCAAAACGUCGAGGCGCACUACAGGCCGUAACACUAGUCGACGUGCGCGCGCACGGCCUGACGAAUCAUUUUAA